AUGGAGUUAGUUCCUUGGAAUUUUCGGCAAGCGGAAUCAGAGCUUGGGCAGGAAAUUAUCCUAAACUCUUCUGUGCCUGGUCAUUUCAGCCUUACCAGGACACCUUACUCUGGACAUCUACAUUUGAAGAUACCUAAGGAAGAAGACAUGAAAGUGACUGCAGACCCAGCAUGUUGGGUCCUUGGGACCAACUCAAUCAAGCAUUUUCACAAUAUGACCCAGAGCCCCAGCCACUCACUCAAGAGCUUCUACAAUGUCCCAACACUCUCUGCCAUCGUGCAUGAAUCGAAUGCUUUAAACUUUGAAGAUGGAUUUUUUUUACCCAGCAGCUUCCAUGGCAGGACCUGGCUUCUGGACAACUUUCAAGAAAUCUGCACUGAAAACACCAGCUGCAAAGUACCCAGGGGUGAACAGGAACUAGGCACAGGGGAUAGCUGUGUGCAAAGUGCCUAUCUUCGCAGAGUUGUCCAAGAGACUUGUCCUGAUUUCAAGCCCUGUGAAAAAACAGCAGGUCAAUCAGGAAGUCCCUUGGCAGCACUGGAGUGUGUUUCUCAGCCUUGUCAGUCAGGAAGUAGCCAGCAAAUGGGUUUUGCAGUCCAGACCUGCCAACCUUUGAGCAACAUGGCAAAGUGUUGCCCACCUAAGACUUAUGUGUCUAAGGGUUGUCAAACUCUGGAAUGUGACUCUAGGCAAUGCCAGUCUCGAAGCUCUGAAUCCCAUUCCUGUAGCCCUCUGGGCUAUGUCACACCAGAGCCGGAGCUCCUGGGAUCUUCUUCUAACACUUAUGAGCCAAUCUGCUGUGUUACUGGUGGUUUGCAAUUGCCUAGUAAGUGACAAAUGUGGAGAAUG